AUAGCCAUAAAAUAAAAUAACAAAGUAGAGUCUCGACGAAAGCACCAGACAGGUGAUGUUUCUGCAGUUCAGUGAAACGCCUGAAUAAUCCAUAUAGUCGGUUUACAGAAAAAUAUUCUCUCUUUGUAUAUACUGAUGAGAUCGAUUAAAUCCAUGCAAUCUCGAUAGAUGAUUGUCGAUCGAAUCAGAUCCUUAGCAAUUCUCUUAAAAAAUGGUGCAGAUUGAGGUUUUUUAAGGGCGUUCAGGGAUUGAGGUAGUAAAUUGCGUCUGUGGAUAAAAUAAGCUCGAAAUUUCAUUACAGAAGGCGUCGUGGAAAGGGUAGGAAAAAGACAAUGUAUCAGUGGAGGAAAUUUCAGUUUUUUGAAGAGAAGGCAUCAGGAUCUUCUGUUGCAGAGGAGUUGAAGGAAAAUGUGGAGUGCUGUUCGAGUGGCCGCGGGCGCAUGGUGGUUGGAUCGGGUGAUGGAAUGGUACACGUGCUCGACCGAGGUUUAAAGAUCAAUUUCAGCUUUCAGGCUCACACUACGAGUGUUCAUUUUAUUCAGCAGCUUAAGCAACGGAAUAUGUUGGUAACUGUUGGUGAGGAUGAAGCAACAUCACCUCAACUGUCAGCGAUGUCACUUAAGUUUUUUGAUAUGGAUAAGAUGGAGCCAGAGGGGUCAAGUACCACAGGUCCCACUUGCAUACAAAUAGUGCGAAUUUUCACCAGCCAAUUUCCUGAAGCAAAGAUUACAUCAUUUUUAGUUUUUGAAGAGGCGCCUCCAAUAUUAAUGCUCUCUAUAGGACUAGAAACAGGUCAUAUCUAUUGUAUAAGAGGAGAUGUUGCUCGGGAACGCAUUGUGCGUACAAAGCUUCAGGUUGAUGCAUCUCCUGUGACAGGACUAGGAUUUCGAGCUGAUGGUUCAGCUCUUCAGCUUUUUGUUGUGACAACAACAUCAGUGAGCCUCUUUGACAUGCAUAACCAGCCUCCUAGGAUGCAUGUUUUAGAUCAGAUUGGGUGUGAAGGUAAUUGUGUGACGAUGAGUGAUAACCAGGAAUUGGUUAUUGGGAGGACUGAGGCCAUAUAUUUUUAUGAAGUAGAUGGGCGAGGUCCUUGCUGGGCCUUUGAGGGGGUCAAGCAGUUACUUGGAUGGUUUCGAGGAUAUUUGUUGUCUGUCAUUGCAGACCAGAGAACAAAUCGCAGCAUUUUCAACAUAUAUGACCUGAAAAAUCGUCUGAUUGCCUAUAGUUUACCAGUUGAAGAAGUCUCCCAUAUGCUUUGCGAGUGGGGAAAUAUUAUCCUUCUAACCAGUGACCAUAAAGUCUUGUGCAUAGGAGAGAAGGACAUGGAAGGUAAACUGGAUAUGCUUUAUAAAAAGAAUUUAUAUACUAUUGCAAUAAAUCUUGUCCAAAGUCAACAAGCAGAUGCAGCAGCCACAGCAGAAGUGUUGCGAAAAUAUGGAGACCACUUGUAUGGGAAACAAGACUAUGAUGAAGCCAUGGCACAGUAUAUUCGUACUAUAGGCCAGCUAGAACCUUCUUAUGUCAUUCAAAAAUUUCUUGAUGCCCAACGCAUUUAUAAUCUUACUAGUUACUUGGAAAAACUACAUGAGAAAGGUUUGGCCUCUAAGGACCAUACAACCCUUCUUCUGAAUUGUUAUACCAAACUUAAGGAUGUAGCAAAGUUGGAUGAGUUCAUUAAAGGUGAAGGUGAGCACCGAUUUGAUGUGGAAACAGCUGUAAAAGUUUGUCGAGCAGCAGGUUAUCAUGAACAUGCAAUGUAUGUUGCAAAAAAAGCUGGGAAGCAUGAAUGGUAUUUAAAGAUACUACUAGAGGAUCUUGGCAGUUAUGAUGAGGCUCUAGAGUACAUCUCUAGCCUUGAAUCAUUUCAAGCUGCAGUUACAGUGAAGGAAUAUGGAAAGAUUCUUGUUGAGCAUAAGCCAGAUGAGACUAUUGCUAUCCUUAUGAAGCUUUGUUCUGGUGAUGAUGAAUCGGUUUCCAAUGACUCUUCUGUUAACCUUCUUCCUGGCAAAUGUCCUUCACCAAUUGAUUUUGUAAAUGUUUUUAUUGACCAACCUUUAUAUCUCAUGACUUUCCUAGAAAAAUACAUCAGUAAAGUUAAGAAUUCAGCUGUUCAUGUUGAAAUUCAUAACACACUUUUGGAGCUAUACUUGUCUGAUGAUCUUUCUAGCUCAUCAUUAUCCAAAUCUAACGUCCAGGGUGUGGAAACUUCUGGACAACGCUCAAACAGGAAUGUUAUGUCAUUGUCAAACAUUGGGAAUAAAGGGAAAGGAGUAAUGGAAAAUGGACAGGCACGCAUGGGAACAGAUGAGCGUACAGGAAGACUGAACAAAGGAUUAGCCUUGCUUAAGAGUGCAUGGCCUUCUCAUGAGGAUCAUCCAAGCUAUGAUGUGGAUCUUGCAGUUGUUCUUUGUGAAAUGCAUCAAUUCAAGCAAGGGCGGUUAUUUCUAUAUGAAAAAAUGAAACUGUAUAAAGAAGUUAUUUCUUGUUAUAUGCAAGAUUCAGACCAUGAAGGUCUGAUUGCUUGUUGUAAAAGGCUGGGUGAUUCGAGCAGGGGUGGAGAUCCAUCUUUGUGGGAAGAUGUACUCAAGUACUUUGGAGAGCUUGGAGAAGAUUGUUCAAAAGAAGUUAAAGAAGUGCUGGUGUAUAUUGAAAGGGAUGACCUCUUGCCCCCAAUUAUUGUUUUACAGAUUCUUGCUAAAAACCCAUGUCUCACACUUUCUGUUGUUAAGGAUUAUGUUGCACGAAAGCUAGAACAAGAAUCUAAACUUGUGGAAGAAGAUCGGAAAUCAAUUGACAAGUAUCAGGAAGAGACUGCAGCUAUGAGGAAAGAGGUACAGGAACUCCGUACAAAUGCAAGGAUUUUCCAAUUGAGCAAAUGCACUGGAUGUACAUUUACUCUUGAUCUUCCAGCGGUUCACUUUAUGUGCAUGCAUUCAUUUCAUCAACGCUGUCUUGGUGACAAUGAGAAGGAAUGCCCUGUUUGUGCUCCCCAGAACAAAACAUUGCUUGAAAUGAAGAGGAGCUUAGAACAGAAUGCCAAGGACCAUGAUCGAUUUUUCCAACUUGUUCGGAAUUCAAAUGAUGGGUUUUCUGUAAUUGCUAAUUACUUUGGUAGGGGAGUUAUGAACAAGACAAAAGAUGGCAAUUCCAGCAGCAGCAGAUCAAACACAAGCCCAUUUAAUGGCUAUUGAAAUAAAUUUAUUCUGCAAUACAUGCUUCCCCAUUCUCCACUUUGUGAAGCAGAAACAGGUCAUUUGACAGACCUUUUCAGCUCUCAAUUGCUUGUGUUAAGCACGGUGUGGAAUUUCACUAAAGCCCUAAUCUUGCACUGCAGGUGCAAACCCAUGUCUGUUGGAGAUCAUAAGUUCUUGCUUUUGUUGCUUGGGCCAAGUUUUUCUUAUUUCAUAUUUAACUUGGAAAAGGAUUUUAUAAGCAUAUGCUGAUGAGUUUUUCUCUACAGAGGGUGGUACAGCCGUUGAUGAACUUGCAUUCCGUUGCACACUAAAAAUAAUGAGAGGUUUUCUUGUCAGUUAGGAGUGCAGGAUUAGUUUCUUGUUUGAGAUCAUCCUGGGUCUCAGGUCUUAAUUUAAGUUGGGAGUUGUUUUGCAAGUUAAUGUGCAUCUCUUGAAAGUGCAAUUGUUUACCCUGGGAAUCGUGUGUAUUUUAUUAUUUACUUGAAAUGGAAAAAUGAGAGACAAAAUGGCUGAAUUUACAGUUCA